AUGGCCAUGGAAUCGAUGGUGCGCGUGUCCAAGGGAGUUGGGGUCGUUCCGGCGGCCGCAGCCAACCUGCAUUUAACGCGUCCGACGAACAGAGAACGCGUAAGAAACACCAAUCAAGAGGCGCACGCCCUGCUGAAGGACAUCAGCAGUGGACAGAACUUCAAUCCCAAGGUGACGAGCUUCCUCAAGAGUGUGGAAGAGCUCACCAAGGACCUCCUCUCAACCCCCAUGAAUGACUGGCAGGACGAGUUGGGGGCGCUGCGACGAGACAUCCAGGGCAUCAAGGCAGCUAUAGAGCAGCCUUCGAAGUAG